CCGCCCCGCCUCCUAGGCCGCCCGCCCCGCCCCUCCCCGCCCCGCCCGCCCGCCCGCUGCCCCAGCGCUCUAGCGCCUCCGCCGGACGCCGGGCGCAGGGGUCGCGGCAGCCCGGGAGGCGGGGCCUCGGUCAGGGGGCGGGACUUGGACUGACUCGUGUAUCUGGGGCGGAGCCUGCUCGGUGGGCGGGGCUUCAUGGGGUGAGGUCAAGCCUAGCUCCGCCCUUGAGGAGUUACCCUCCGCUGUAAGGAGGAGGUGCGGUCGGAAGUACUGUGGAAGUUGUUUUUCUCUUUCAAGAGCUGAGCAGUCCUUCCCACUUCUGUCCUGGUCGGGAAGGUGGUGUGACCUCAUUGGUUACUCAUUGGGUCUCCCCAAACAGUUCAGAUUAAGCCCUUGAAGUGCAGGAAAGGAAACUGAGGCUCAGAGAUAGUAAGAGCCUCAAAUUCACAGAGGACCUCUACCUCCUGAGUCUGGGGCCCUCGGGCGACUGGCUAGGUAGAUCCAGACACCUGUUGCUGAACUCCGAGCUCAUUUUGGUCCACACUGCCUGUGGUGCAUGCUAAAUUAUUAUUUUUUGUAAUGUCUCAUCCUUGCCUUUUGAGUAGCAUAGUAAUGCUACAUUGUGUGCAUGUUGAAAGUAUUACUUUGUAAACAGCAAACACUAAAUACACCAUGAUACUCCUUGGACCCUGAAUCGAGUGUUUUACAUGCCAGUGACCUCAAAUCUGGAGGCAGCCUGCCCUCUCUACCUCUGGCAGGCCCUGGCCGCAUCACACCCAGCACAGGAACCCAAGCCUGCACCCACCCAGCCCACCGGGAUGGUGGGAGGAGCCCAGGGCCCAGGGCCACUGGGGCAGGCCGGAAGAGCCCGGGACAGGAAGGGGUAACUACCCCCCCCCCAACGCACUUAGGAGGGGCCCCCCGGCCGGUUGCCGAAGCUGUGGCUGAGGAGGAAGUGAGAGGAGGAGGUGAGGUGCAGCAAGGAGCCUGUGGCAUCAGGGGUGUGCAGCACUAUGGCCCAGGCCCUGGGGGAGGACCUGGUGCAGCCUGGUGAGCUGCAGGAUGACUCCAGCUCUUUGGGGUCUGACUCAGAGCUGAGUGGGCCCGGCCCAUAUCGCCAGGCUGACCGCUAUGGCUUCAUUGGAGGCAGCUCAGCAGAGCCAGGGCCAGGUCACCCUCCUGCGGACCUUAUCCGCCAGCGGGAGAUGAAGUGGGUGGAGAUGACCUCACACUGGGAGAAAACCAUGUCUCGGCGGUACAAGAAGGUAAAGAUGCAGUGCCGGAAAGGCAUCCCCUCGGCCCUGCGGGCCCGGUGCUGGCCCCUGUUGUGCGGGGCCCAUGUGUGUCAGAAGAACAGCCGUGGCACUUAUCAGGAACUGGCUGAGGCCCCUGGGGACCCACAGUGGAUGGAGACCAUCGGCAGGGACCUGCACCGCCAGUUCCCUCUCCAUGAGAUGUUUGUGUCACCCCAGGGUCACGGGCAGCAGGGGCUCCUCCAGGUACUCAAGGCCUACACCCUGUAUCGGCCGGAACAGGGCUACUGCCAGGCCCAGGGCCCUGUGGCUGCCGUGCUGCUCAUGUAUCUGCCCCCAGAGGAGGCCUUCUGGUGCCUGGUACAGAUCUGCGAGGUUUACCUCCCUGGCUACUACGGGCCCCAUAUGGAGGCUGUACGGCUGGACGCCGAGGUGUUCACGGCCCUGCUGCGGCGGCUGCUCCCACGUGUGCACAAGCACCUGCAGCAGGUGGGCGUCGGGCCCCUGCUCUACCUGCCCGAGUGGUUCCUGUGCCUCUUCGCCCGCUCCUUGCCCUUCCCCACGGUGCUGCGUGUCUGGGACGCUUUCCUUAGCGAGGGUGUGAAGGUGCUGUUCCGUGUGGGGCUGACACUGGUACGCCUGGCACUGGGCACCACUGAGCAGCGCCUGGCCUGCCCGGGGCUCCUGGAGACACUUGGCGCCCUUCGAGCCAUCCCACCCACCCAGCUGCAGGAGGAGGCCUUCAUGCCCCAGGUGCACAGCGUGGCCCUGUCCGAACAGGACUUGCAGCGGGAGAUCAAGACCCAGCUGGCCCAGCUGCCCGCGUCGGCAUCUGGGCCACCCCCGAGGCCGCAGGCCCGCCUGCCUGGGGCCCAAGCCAUCUUUGAGGCCCAGCAGCUGGCAGGAACCCGGGGAGCCACCAGGCCCGAGGUGCCCCGCAUCGUGGUGCAGCCCCCGGAGGAGCCCAGGCCACCACGGCGCAAGCCCCAGACCCGAGGCAAGACUUUCCAUGGGCUGCUGACUCGGUCCAGGGCCCCCCGUAUCGAGAGCCCCGCCAGGUCCCAUCGAGGCUCCACCUCCUCUCUGGACACCCGAUUCUGAAGGUCCCACUUCUGAGGGUACCAGAGACUCAGGGUCCCCCAACCCCAACUGCCUGAACAGUGGAUGCCAGCCUCAAAGUAGACACCGCACUUUACAGCCGGGAUGGAUGCCUCAGCUUUCCCGUGGACUGUGUCAGGCUUGAGGAUGAAGGAAGGUCAGAGAGUGAGGUUUUGGGGACCCAGGCCCAUCAUCCACCCAUGGAGCUGCCCUGGUGCCUGGGCCCCUGCAAGCAUCAAGCUGGCGCUGAAGGAGGGUGAGGUUAGGGGCACGGGCUGGGCUUAGGGGACCCCAAGGCUCCUGGGGAGGCCUGGAAUAAAGUCUGAGCAG